AUGGAACAGAAAAAUGAGAGAAGGCCACACGGACAACAAAACCCAAACAGCAACCCCAAGAAGAAAGGCCCACUCAAAGUCGUCCACAUAACAAACCCCAUCAAGUUCACGGCCACUGCCUCCGAAUUCCGGGCCCUCGUCCAGGAGCUCACUGGCCGAGACUCCGGACCGCCGGAUUCUGCCGGGCCCACGGCGGUUCGUGUCGACUCCAGCCGGCAUGGAGCGGAGGAAAGGCCCACAAAGGGGCACGAUGUUUGCGAAGGGGCACGAAACGGGCCGAGUCUGGUGGGAUUCGGGUCGGGUUAUGAAUACGGACAUGAUGGAGUUUUUGACCCGGUCAAGAUGGAGGAUAGCUUUCAGGGGCUAAUGGCUUCUGAGUUUUGGAAUGAAGGUGCAGAUGAUAUAUCUUGA